AUGUCUGAACCGGCAAUUUUUAGAUUAAAAUGUGCUGUUCAAAAUUAUGAUUGGGGGAAAAUUGGAAGUGAAAGUAAAGUGGCAAAAUUCGCUCAAGUUUCAAAAGACUUUGAAAUUCAACUUGAUAAACCAUAUUCCGAGUUAUGGAUGGGAACACAUUCAAAUGGUCCAAGUGUGAUGGCAAAACAACCGACACAUUCACUUAAAGAAAUAAUAGAAUCAAACCCAAAUGAAUUACUUUCAUCGGAAAUUUCUAAAAUAUAUAAUGGAGAUUUACCAUUUUUAUUUAAAGUUUUAUCAGUACGAAAAGCCCUUUCUAUUCAAGCACACCCUGAUAAAAAGCUUGGAAAAGAAUUAUUCGAAAAAUUUCCAAAAAUUUAUAAAGAUCCAAAUCAUAAACCUGAAAUGGCCGUGGCGAUUACAGAAUUUGAAGCUUUAUGUGGUUUUAGGCCUUUAACAGAAUUAAAAUCAGUCCUUGAAGAAAAUCCCGAAUUCACCGAACUUAUUGGAAAUGAAAUUUCUUCUCGUUUUUUAAAAACAAUUGAUGGAAGAGAAAUUUCUCAAUUUAUAGAGGAUAUCGAAUUAAACAAAUCAGCUCUUCGUGAAUUAUUUACCAAAGUUAUGACCACAAAUGAAACGAUUGUUUCUCAACAGGUUGAUAAAUUAAUUAAAAGAUUAAAAUCGGAUAAUGAAACUUUUACGAUAGGAAGUAUUCCUGAACUUCUAAUUAGAUUAAAUGAUCAAUUUCCUGGUGAUGUAGGAAUAUUCGGUGCUUUAUUAUUAAAUUAUGUAAAAUUGGAUUCCGAUAUUGUGGAGUGUAUGGCGACUAGUGAUAACGUCAUCCGUGCGGGAUUAACUCCUAAAUUCAAAGAUGUUGAUGUCCUUGUGAAUAUGCUAACUUAUCGUUAUGGAAGUGCCAAAUCUCAAAUUUUAAAUCCAAUUCCAUAUAAGAAUCAUAAAUCAACUACUUUAUACGAUCCACCGAUAGAGGAAUUUUCCGUUAGCAUGACUCGGCUUAAUUUUCUAGAAAAAAGGGAAGUGUUUGAUGGAAUUCCAGGUCCUAGUAUCAUAAUCGUUAUUAAAGGAAAUGGAUCUAUGACAGCUGAUGAAACAUCAGAAUUAUUAGAACCUGGAAGUGUAUUUUUCGUUGGUGCUAAUGUUCCAAUUAUGAUCGAAGCGGCAACAGAUAGUGAUGGAUUGGACUUCUUUCGAGCAUUUUGUACUUUAAAAUGA